AUGCUGGCGCCAACGUUCUGCGACCAAUGGCUCCCCGUUGCUGAAAGGGUUCCUUCUGGGUGCUCUAGCAGCUCUGGCAUCACUCCCCACCAUGCGACCGUCCACCUGAGUGCCCUCCAUGUUUCAAUUGUUUACUCCCAGCACACACAUGUACUCAGUACGCUUCCUGUAACGAAUUCAACGGGAAAUGCGACUGUCCUGAAGGUUUUGGUGGUGAUGAUUGUCUUGAUCCAUUAUGUGGUUCCCUUGCUAGAGGCCGAGACCGACCGAUGCGAUCAGGCGAUAAAUGCGACUGUGACGAGGGCUGGACCGGAAUCAACUGCAAUGUCUGCACCACAAACCAGGCUUGUAAUGCACUGA